AUGUCAAAUCACGAGCAAGUACUCAAUAAGGUACUCAACAAAAUAGCCGCAGAGCAAAAGAUAAACGAUGCGCAAAUUAAUAUAAAGUCCGUUAGCAGCGGCGGAGCUAACUUCACCUCGCAGUUGUUCCAGGCCACGAUCGGAAAUGGAUAUAAAGAGCUGAAACUAUUCGCAAAAGUGGGAGCCAUCGGAGAAAAACUGAGAGCGCAAGUUGAAACACAGUUGCUAAUAUUUGACGUGGAAAACUUUUUUUAUACGAAACUGUAUAAUAUUUACGAAAGUCUGCAAGAAAAGUACAAUGUGCCGCAAGACAAACGGUUCGUAGCGCCGAAAUGUUACGGAUGCAGCGACAAAAUGUAUGAAGAAGUAAUCGUGUUGGAGGACUUGUUGGCACAAGGGUUCACAGUGUACGACAGGAUGAAGUCUGUUUAUUGGAACUAUGCCGCUAGAGUGGUGGAACAAAUCGCUAGGUUCCACGCUCUGUCCGUUGCAUUUGAAAAGAACACAAGGAAGAAUUUAACAAAAUUGUAG